ACAAAGUACAGAGUAAGUGCCUCUUGGGAGACAUGUAUAUAAAGGUAAAGGCAAUGUCCCUGUAGUGCCUAUUCAGAGGCAAGACAACAACAAAGCCAUCACCCCUAUCAUCUCCAGCUAACACGAAACCACUGACCUUUCACCUACUACCAUACCCAUAAUACAAUAUGGAAUGCUCAAAUGACAUCCCUAAAAACAACAAGACUUUCUCAAACGCAAUUUCUGAAGCAGCUUCCAAACUUCAAAUUCAGUAUUCGUGGUGCAAAAACAAAGCAACCAUCGUCAAUGCCGAAAAUCCCAAAGAGAAAGUAUAUCUCGUCGACUUCCGUACGUUCGCAGUCAAGUCUCCGGCCGUCACCGUUAAAUCAGCAGUGGAUGGCUCGACAGUAGGCACAGGCACACUUCAUCCCAUCUCCAGUGAUGUCAACUACGAAAUUCGUGGUCGAAAAGGGACAUUGAAAGCCAUGAAACAACUCAAGACAGAGUAUACCUACCCAUCGUAUGCUUUGUCAGAAGACGACAAACCAGUAUCCCUGAGAUGGGUCGACAAAUACGGACUAACAUCCUGGGAUCUUUUGUGCAUGGACGAACAAUCGAUGCCGAUAGCGAAAAUCUCGACGUAUUGUCUCAAGGUCAGAGAAGCAGCCACGAUCGAAUUCAUGGGGCCGGUUUCGCCAGCAUUGAGGGAUGAGUUGAUCGUGACGGGUGUUGUGACGCUGUGGAUGUGUAUGUCGCUGAGAUCCACCAAUAUCUUUUCUCUUGUUGGCGCUGUCAUUGCGAGGCCUGGGAAGAGUAAAGUAGUGGAAGGUUCAGGGCUGAAGGGGGACGAUGUUUACGACGGGAAAAUGAUAAAGUGAUGGUUCAGCCAUGAUGCACAAUAUCGUUGGCCAUAUAUACCCAUCCCUUUUUUAAGCGCAAGAAGCAGCUAUGAAUACAUUGUUGUAUCACUGUUAGUACCCAUAUCUAGUUACCUGGUGACCGAUGAAUAAUAAAAACGAGGCUC